GUAACCGCACCAACUAAAAUUUUCUCUAACUUUUUAUAAACUGCCAUUUUGACCACUUUCCCAACAAGUUAGACAACUACUUAGAGCAAAUGAAAUCUUCCUCUACUUCUCAGCUAUUCAAAUAUGAAAUCAAAACAGGAAUGGCGUCUACCAAUCAAGAGGUACAGCUGUUUUAGUAACCGCGUCAACUUCUUUCAGUAGGCUACUUCCCACUGUUGAAUUAACUGUCAUAGAACUUUGAGAAAUAUCAAAUUCUAGCACAUUCUAAGCAUGAGACAAUUAAUAAACAAUGUGACUUUUGACACAAAUCAGCUACUUUGACCACUUUCCCAAUAAAGCAAGCCCCACAACUUGUAAAGUUACCAUCUAGUUUGUUUUGUUUUUGUUUUACAGGCAUUAAACAGCCAAGCCAUGCUGUAUUGGUUGCAGCAGCUGCAAAUAAAACGGUGGCAGCACAAUACCAGCCUGGUGAAAAUACCUGCAGAGCCCUCCACUACCUCCACACAGCUCUGCCAGCUGCCUUCUGCACCUUGGGAAGCACCUCCAGCACCGCCUGUACCUCUGACACCCCCAGCACCUACAGUCCUUUCAGCUCCUUCAGUUUCUUCAGUUACAAACGAGUCUGCGCAGGAAGCAAAGACUGGAGGAAAGAGUUCUCCAUCAAGCAGCAUGAACAAGAGGGAGAAGAAAAUGACCAGUUCUCUUCAGCCUUCUGGGGAGAAGGUGUCAGGAAAGGAGGGGAGCCCCGUGGACAAACUAUCCAGACUCACGCUCACUGAGGGGCUCAAGUCACAAAAGGAGCUGGUGCAACUCCUUCACAAGGCCCUGGAGGCAGCAAAGCAGGAGAAGAGGACCAGCAAACAGUUCCUGGCAGCAGCAGGGGAGCAGGAGCGGCUGGAACUGGUGCGGCACAAAGAGAGGUGUAUCGCGGACCUGGACGGCCGCCUGGAGGCCCUGCUCAAAGACAAGGAGGAGCUGGAGCAGCGGCUGGCCAUGCAGGACUGCCAAGUGAAUGAGCUGCAGCAGCACGUGCAGCUCAUGAUGGAGAAGAACAACGCCAAGCAGGAAGUCAUCCUCAAGCUCUCCGAGCAGGUGGCCGCCUGCAUGGCUGACCCCCAGCGUACCGUAGCCAUGGGCACAGAGACCUUCUGCAGGCUGCAGGAGAAGAUUGAGCACCUCAAGGACGAUAUAGAGGCGCACAAGAUGCAAAACAAGUUCCUCAACUCUGAAAUCUACCAGCUUACUAAGCUGUGGAGGAACAGUUCAGAAGAGGAGAAGGGCCUCCUGAUGAAGUGUGCCUACCUGGAGGCCAAAAACUGCCAGAUUGAGAGCAAGUACCUGGUCGUGCUACGCAGGCUGCAGGAGAGCAAAGGGCUGGACAGCAGUCAGCAGGAGAUGGUGAAAAGGCUCAUUGAGGACUCACUGCAGGGAGACAAGAAGGAUGUCUUUAAACUCAACCCUGUCAGUGAGUACAACGACUAUGGAUUCAAGACCAUUCCUGAUUAUGAAGUAGAGGACGUGAAGCUCCUGGCCAAAAUCCAGGCCCCUGGAGAUCCAUUCCAACAACCUGCGCAACAAUGA